GAUUGAAGAGGAGAAUGCUACGGCGGCUGAAUUCUCUCCCUUAGACUAACACUUCUUCAAAAGCCUGUGAUAUCUUGUUAAAAAUAUGGUGUUAGACAUUUAGUUGUUUUUUUUAAUUUGUAUUUAGCUGUUGUUCAAGGCAUUGUUCCUCUCCUGCUGGGUCGCAUUAUCGAAGCUCUGUCUUCAGGGUUCACGAAAGAGGAGGAGGUGAAGUCGAGAGAGGGGGCACCUAGCAGAGGAGCACAGUACAGUACAAGCGUCCCUCUUGGACAGAGGAGAUUCAGAGGAAGCACUGCAAAUGGACUUCGACAUGAAAAGAAUCCAAGUGGAUUGACCCUGACAGAGUCCCUGUGAAGGAAAAAUGACAAUCUUUUUUUUAAAUGUAUUUUUUGUUUUAUCUGAACUCUGAACAGACAUUUCAUUCAUUCAAAAAAAGCUCAAGACUGUAAGGAUUAUUCAUCAUUCAAGUCAAAACAUACAUGAGGAUCUAACCUCACCUCACUCUGAUUUGUAAAACGUUCUUUGAGAUUCAUCUUUCAGCUCAACUGUGCAUGAAGACGUUCCUCUGGAAUUAUUCGAACAUAUCCUUCAACAUGUAUUAUUAGGGACUUUUGGGUUCCUGUCCAAAAAAUGAAGAACGUGUCUAGCAUCAUCGCACCGCUGCUGUGUGACGAUUCAGUUGACUUCUACACUCUCUCCUCAGGUAACCUGACCAACCUGAGCUGCACCCCUCCGUCUGAGUUCUACUUCUAUGCUGACCUCUAUGUCAUCUUGCCCAUCAUCUACUCGGUCAUCUGCGCUGUGGGCCUGACUGGCAACACUGCCGUCAUCUACGUUAUUCUCAAAGCGCCAAAGAUGAAAACAGUCACCAACAUGUUCAUCCUCAAUCUGGCCAUCGCCGAUGACUUGUUCACGUUGGUGCUCCCCAUCAACAUUGGUGAGCACCUCCUGCACUACUGGCCCUUUGGAGAGGUUUUGUGCAAAAUCAUCCUCAGCAUCGACCACUAUAACAUCUUCUCCAGCAUCUACUUCCUGACUGUGAUGAGCGUGGACCGCUACCUGGUGGUCCUUGCCACAGUGAGGUCCAAGCGCAUGCCUUACCGCACCUACCGGGCCGCCAAAAUCAUCUCUUUGUGCGUGUGGCUUUUAGUCAUCCUCAUUGUGAUGCCAUUCAGCAUUUUUGCCAGUGUCUACAUCGAACCCAACGACGGCAGGAAGAGCUGCGUGCUCAGCUUCCCUGCACCGGAGAGCUUGUGGUUCAAAGCCAGUCGGAUCUACACCCUCAUGCUGGGCUUUGCCAUUCCAGUCUCCACCAUUUGCAUCUUGUACACCCUGAUGCUCUACAAGCUGAGGAACAUGCACCUCAACAGCAAUGCCAAAGCGCUGGACAAAGCCAAGAAAAAGGUCACCAUCAUGGUCUUCAUCGUCUUGGCUGUAUGCUUGUUCUGCUGGACGCCAUUCCACCUCAGUACCAUUGUGGCCCUGACUACCGACCUGAGGACCACACCCUUGCUCAUUGGAAUCUCCUACUUCAUCACCAGUCUCAGCUACGCCAACUCCUGCCUCAACCCAUUUCUCUACGCAUUCCUCGACGACAGUUUCAGGAAGGCCUUCAAGAAGAUGCUGGAAUGUAGGCCUGCCUGAAUCGACAGGGCUGUCAUAAGGGUCCACAGAGAGUUAAAAUGUGUACAUUUGUACAAGUUAUACCAGUUAAAAAAAAAAAAAAAAAGUGUAUAUGUAUAUAUCAGUGUUUGGUCAGUGGCCAUAAGAUAACAAAAGUAUGCCCACCACAUUUUGUGUUGGAUUAUCAAAAGAAAUGAAUACAAUCAGCAAACAUUCAAGCGAUGAUAUUAACUCUUGUGUUUAAAAUGUGAACAUAUGGGUCAUGUUUUUAGUUUGUUGUUGCACGUGCAGUCACAUGUACAGAAAACUCAACAUCAAUAUGUCUAAUUGUACAUUUGUUAUGAAGAACAGUUCAUAAUUGAACACACUGUCCACAAAGAUGUUUUCAGGGUUGUUUGGCCCAAACUGACACAAUUUAUUCAAAUAAAAGUUCAGUUGGGUCGCAGAUGAGCUAGAGCUUAUUGCAGCUUACUUUUGUAUAAGAUGAAUGAUCGGAAUGAUGAUUGAUGAUUAGAAUGAUCCCCAGCUAUUCGCAGGGCACAUGUAGACAAACAACCAUUCACACCUACGGGUAACUUGUAGUGUUCAGUUAGCCUAACAUGCAUGUUUUUAGAAUGUGGGAGGUAAAAAAAAAAAAAAAAAACAAACACUGCAAGCACGGGGAGAACAUAACAUUUUUUGUGCGACAGUGGAAAGUUGAUCCCUAACAAUUUGCUCCUAAUGAGCAAAGUUCAAGACCCUUGUCUAUUUACCUGUCUGCAGAUAUAGUUACAAAGACAAUUGCUAGAAGUCAUUUCAGUCUUGAUCAUCACGUUAGUGUUAAUGCUCACUGUUCCUGAUGUGGUGUUGUGUUUUGCACAAGUCUGAUGUUUGUCGUGUUGCUUUUGGCCUGAGGUAAUAAUACAAGCAUGGGACAGGAGGGCUCUUGCUUCAUGUAUGAUGUGUUAGACAGUUAACUUAUGUGAUUGUAAGCCUUUGUGGCCCCCUGGCAGCCGUAGAGGCUCGUUACAACAGUCAUACCUUCCUGUCAUCACAAAGUCCUUGAGUUUUUGCUUUUACAUGAAUCACAGUAAAAAGGUUUCUUACAUACGAACUAAAUGCAAUACAUGUGAACGCAAAGAAAUAUUACAUUUACUCUGCUACUUUAUUCAUCCAUAGUUAAACCACAGUUACAUUGUGCACAAUCAAAACCAUGUUAUUGAUUUCAGCUUAACAUUUUAAAACGUUGAAAAAUGUUUCCUUUUUCCAUUGCGGCUUUUCAUCGAGGCCAUAUUUUUAUUUUUUCCCUACAAAUCCCUUUUUUUUCAUUUGUGAAAAGUGUAUGAUUAUGACAGCCUUACUAUUGUAUUGUACUAACAGGUCAAAAAGUUUACAUUUGAUCCUUUUUUUGGUGUUAAAUGUUUCUCUUUUGAUCCAUUCAACAUUUAUUCUGAGUAUCCUGGCACAUUCUAAUCAUUAAAUGUAAGUGACAGAGUGAGCGAUAGAUAGAGAGCGAGCGAGCGAGAGAGAGCGAGAGAGAGAGAGAGAGAGAGAGAGAGAGAGAGAGAGAGAGAGAGAGAGAGGCCUAACAGUAGAGUUGGUCUACUGUUUAGGCCUUUUGGAAUCUUUUGUCUUGUGCUUUUGUUGCCACCUGCAAGGCAGAAAUCCUUUCAUGCAUGUUUACCUUUGAAAAAUGAAUGUAAAUGAAAGGCUCAAAGCUUCUGUGGUGUUUCAAAUGAAAGAUUUCAUCCAUCCAUCCAUUUUCCAUACCGCUGUUUAACUUUGUAAGUCAAUGCCAGAGAGGACAAGUUAAUCAAGGUUACUGGACGGUUCUCACGUUUUUUAAUUUGAUGUCAACAUGCAUCCAUUUUGCAAGAUUCUCCGUGAAACUUUUAAGGCUUCAUCCUGCAAUGAGUGUGUCUCGGCUGUGAACGUGAAUUAAAAUAUUAUUAAAAUGUAUUGUAUAGACACAUUGAAUGUGAUUUGGGUCCAAUAUUGUGUAAUUACACUUGACUGCUUCAUUACUUCAUGUGUCACCUGUGUAGCGGCCGAAAUCGACCUUUUAUAAUUAGGCCUUCGGUGUAUUUAUAUUGACAGACAGUACUGGUGCAGACAUUUAAUCACCUGCACACAUGUCACUGUUUGAAAAAAGACGUCUGUUGCCCAGGUGGAUGUUUGGGUCAUUCCCAAGGUCGUGUUCAUCAGCACUGAGCUGCACAGCGGCAGAAUGAAUUAUUGACCUGUCAGCAAAAGGUCGCAGAUUGAAUCUCAUCGAUUGGCUGCUGCUUCCCCUCUUUAUGAAUGAAUCACACACUAAAAAAGUGCUUGUUCUUUAUUUCACUGACUUUGUAAUUGUAAUUCAUGUUUUUAUUCUUCUACAGCGAAGAUUUCAAUAAAUGGAAUGUAUGACUUCACAAAUAAAUCUAUCAGUAAAGCUCAACUCAAGUUGGUGUUGGAGUGAAAUGUCAGAAAAUAAAUACAUACAGUAGUUCCAUUCAUGCAUUUGGGCAGGAGACAGGGUGCACCCUGGACUGUUUGCCAGCCUUUCUCAGGGCACAUACAGAUAAACAACAAAUCACAUCCAAAUUCACACCUAUGGACAAUUCAGUCUUUAAUGAACCUAACAUGCAUGUUUUUGGAAUGUUGGAGGAAGCUAGCGAAUACAGAGAAAACCCACGCAAGGACAGUAGAACAUGCAAACUCCACACUCCAAAAAAUCCUUCCAAACUUUCAAUAUAGGCAAAAAUUACACCGCAGAAUACAUUCAAUGAGGAAAUGUCAUCGCCUCCUGCUGUUUAUGUGUCAGGAUGUGGCGAGUGACAGACAUGUACUGAUAGAACACGCUUUGGCAUUGACAAAGAAGUGAACUUUAUAAAAAUCGGUUGAGAAAUGAGCAAGUUAUGACUUAAUUUUAAUGUACAUACAUUGCCUUUGAUAGGGACAUCGUCUUCCCUAACAUGGCUGCUAUGUAGGCAUGUCGGUUAGCAAGAAAAUUUUAAUAAUAUUCUUCCGUCAGGUUGUACAGACAGUUUUAACAUACGGUAUCUGACAAAGUGGUUGUUUAUUUAAAAACUGCAAACUUCCCUUCAAAGUGGUUGAUUAAAUACUUCUAUAAUUUUAUCAGUCAUUUGUUUACUUCUACUUAAUUACAGAGUUUGAGUGCUUUUGUCACCUCCCAAAAUGUCUGUAGUUCUUCAUCCUUGGGGUAUUUUGACAAAAGCACAUCACUGACAUGUUAGUAAGACAACUGGGAGCUCUUUUAGAUGAUGAACGUGUAAAAUGUGUACUUUAAUUUAAUGUGUUUUUUUAUUUAUUUCUUUUUUUGGCGAUCAUUUUUUACUUGCAUUUUGUGUGCAUGCUGGUCUCAGGUGUUCAGUAAACAAACUUUUGAAGAUAUUGACCUAAAGCAGAAUUUUACACUUAGAAGCCACCGUUUAAAUCCAGCCAAGUGGUUGGUGGUCCACCAUUUUUUAAUUUCACUUAAAAACACCCCUCAUAUCGUGAAGACUACGUAAAACGCAGGUAGGUGUGUGAUGGGAUCCUAGUUGGCCCUCCUUGGAUGUAUUUGCUUUAUAUUUAUA